UGUUCAUUUCCGGGUCAGAUGUUCCUAACGUGGCUGCCCAUGUUUUCCAGCGUGUGUCAAAGUUGUGUGAAUCUUUAUUAUAACGUGAGAACUCGUAAUCUUCAACGUGUUCUUCCGGCCAACUUUCACGCGCUUAUUUUUUUCCCCACGUGUUAGCUGUUUAACUCGCUAGCACGUAGCGAAAGCACGUGUUUGCCAGGCUCCCCCCUACUCGUGUAGGAGCUACCUGAGCGUGGCUUUUCCCUUUCGAACAAAAUGGGUGAGUUUAAGGUGCACCGGGUUCGUUUCUUCGACUACAUGCCCAGCGCUAUCCGAGCCAUGGCGUUCAAUAGCCGCACUGAGAGGCUUGCAGUGGCCCGGGCUGACGGGACUGUGGAGGUCUUUAACUUCACUGACCACUACUUCCAAGAGAAGGUGAUUCCUGGUCAGGAUAACGCCGGCAUUGAGGCUCUGUGCUGGGUGGGUCAGCGUCUCUUCAGUGCUGGCUUGCGUGGGGAGAUCACAGAAUAUGACCUCGAGAACUUGCAGCCCAUGUACACUGUGGAUGCCUAUGGGGGACCGAUCUGGGCCAUCAGCUGCAACAGCAAGGGAACCCUGCUGGCUGUUGGCUGUGAAGAUGGGACAGUGAAGAUAUUUGAAAUACUCGAGGGCAAGAUUCACUUUCAGACAAACUUCAAUAGGCAGAAAAGUCGUGUCAUCAGUCUUUGCUGGCAUCCCUCUGGCACGCAGUUGGCCGCAGGCAUGAUGGACAUGAUCCGAAUAUUUGAUGUUGAGACUGGUCAGAGCUUGCACAGAAUGCUUGUUGAUAGAGCUGCGCAAGCAUCCAAAACCAAGGAGGUGGUGGUUUGGAGCAUGGUCUUCUUAUCUAAUCACACUGUCAUCAGUGGUGAUUCUGCUGGAAAGGUCCAGAUAUGGGACGGAAUUACAGGAACACUCGUCCGCACUCACCUCCUCGCCAAGUGUGACGUGCUUUCGCUUUCUGUAUCCGAGGAUGAAAACAGCCUAGUAGCAGGAACGUCAGAAGGCACUGUUGCCCAAUUCGAAUUUAUUUCCCGCUCCUUCAACCACGAAGAUAAGGACUGGGUCCGAACCAGAACCUUUAAACACCAUUCACAUGACGUGGGGGCACUGGUUCACACCGAGACUGCUGUUGUAUCUGGAGGUAUGGAUACACAGCUGAUAAUUCAUCCCUUGCUGCACAAUGUGGAGAAGAAUACACAAGAGUCGGCUCAGCGUAAAAUAAUUUUCCCUCAUAGGAGUUUGGUGUCUUGUGCCAAGAAGUCUGGACUGCUGCUCUUCCAGUUCCCUGAUCAUCUUGAGCUGUGGAGACUAGGGGAGAGUGAGGGGCAUGGAAAGCCUGGUGAUAGUCUACCUUUGAAGAGGAAACCAGAGAAACUGCUUCAUCUGAAGAGGAAGGGCGAAGAUAAUAUUUGGUGCAGUGCUCUGUCUCCAUGCGGAGAGUGGCUGGCAUACUCGACUCUCUCCAGCGUUCGUCUGUACAGGCUACAGGUCCUCAACAACAUCAGCAUUACAAAGGUUUCUAAAAUACCCAAGAUCCUUCACUCAGCCCAGCAGCUCUGCUUUUCCUCGGAUUCCUCCAAACUCUUUGCAUCCUGCAGCUUGUCAUCAGUUGUUGUGGUCUCCCUCAGCCAGUCAGAGUGCAAAUACAUCCAUACCCUUAAACCUCAGCCAGGUUCCCCACAGGCAGUCCACCUGUUGAAUGCGAGUGACGAUGGCAAAUGGCUGGUUACAGCCAAUACAGGCUGUGAGAUCCACGUUUACAACCUUCAAAAGCUCAAGCUUCACUGCACGCUGCCGGUGUACAGUUCCUGUCCUACCGCCUUGGCCAUCCACCCAACCACUGGAAACCUCGUCACAGUGCAUGCUGACCGGCAGAUAUUUGAGUUCUCUCUAGUACAAAAGGAAUACACCGAUUGGAGUCGCAAGCUGCAGAAUCAUGGGCUGCACCCUCUGUGGCUGCAGAGGGACACGCCCAUCACCCACGUCUCCUUCAACCCCAAGAACUCGGCUCAUAUUCUUCUGCGCGAUGCAUUUAUGUUCUGCAUCAUUGACAAGAGCCUGCCCCUUCCUAAAGCAAAGUGGCAACUCUCCAAUCAGAUGGCACUAAGGAGUCUUCCCGCAUUAGAGAGGACGGAAUACAGCCAUUCGUUCAAGAUUUGCAAAACCUUUCAGCCUCUUUUGAGUUUGUCUCUGCUGGAUGACCAGUCCUUAGUUGUGGUUGAGCGCCCCCUGUCGGACAUCCAGUCUCAGCUGCCUGCACCUGUACGACGGAAAACGUUUGCCACCUAAACAAAAGCACGCAAAUACAGCUUUUCACCGACUUGUCAGCAUAGAUAUCAGAAGGUUGUUGCUGGAGCACAUCCAAAAAACAGCCGGUUAUCAUUUUGUAAAACCAUUUUGAUAAAUUAACACAAUUAUUACCAUUA